UAGGCGGGUGUUGCGUGCUUGCCAGGUAGCGGCGUUUCGUGGAACAGAUGGAGCUGGUGAAUGGGAGAGGAUCGCAGAAUUGGCUGGUGGGGUGGAGGGGAUAACGUGGGACCCUCGACACCAGAGCGGGAGAGGCACAGCUGACUUUAGACAGAUCCAGACAUAGUAAAUAGUUACUCUUUGGCUUCGAUGUGUCCGGAUCGCAAAGAAGGGACAACUACGUUCUCUGUUAGGCCCAAAACUAAAGCCUCGCCUUAGAGUGUAUGUUUGAUCACAGUUACGGAAUAACGUUAGAGUCAGAGCAGAUAUAGGUGGGAGCGUGCUGAAAACCCUCGUAAGUUGUAAUUAUUUUACUAGAUUUUGUUGCAGCACCAAAAGAGAUACCGGAUUCCUUAGUAUCGGUAAUGUUCGGAGCACCGGCUAACGUUAGCUAACUAGUCAACUUGCCUGGCUAGCAGGCUAAGCAGUCUUCUUGUUAGCUUGUUUCUAAAAGAUGUAGCUAGUUAGCUGACUAGCUAACGGGCUAGGUGAAGAAUGGGUGAAUUAUCAGUAUUUGCUGCACUUUCGCGUAGUUUUAAACUGGCGGAGAGUAUUGCUUGUAUAGUUGCCUUGUUCUGAUUUCGAGGCGAGCCAGAGCAUACUGGAACAUCGAUCAACGGCCGCUAGAUCACAUCACAGUAAUUCUAGCACGUCGCCCGAGCUUGUAAGAAAACCUUCAGACGCACACAGGCAUGUACGUUUCGAAUAUAAAAGGUCCUUGUUACCUUACAACUCUUAAUGUAUGUUAAUAGUCCCCGUCGUAAGGUUGAGCCUUAUGUAUUAAAUGAAAGGAAUCCCAUCACCUUCAUGGUUGAUGCAAUCUUGAAAAAAUAGUCAUUCCUUGGUUGGUUGUGGAGAGGGUUUUGCACACUCGCAAGAGUCGUAGCCAAACUGCGUUUGGUCAGGUUAGCUAAAUCGGUUUGGAAAUGGGGAACACGGUAUCUUGCUGUAUGUCUCCCGGUGGGAGCCCGAAGCUCCCACGGCAGUCAGACUCUGUGGAAGAUUAUCAAGCCAACACCGACCUGAGCGAGGACACCGGGCCCUACCUGCAGCACAUCAGCGAUAGAGAAGUGCCAGACGAUUUGGCCCAUGAAUCGAACCCCUCGGACCACGCCCGUGCCAGCACCAUCUUCCUCAGCAAAUCCCAGACAGACGUGCGGGACAAAAGGAAAAGCAAUCACAUAAACCAUUUCUCCCCUGGCCUCCUCUCCAAGAAAUACAGCUCUUGUUCCACCAUAUUCAUCGAUGACAGCACGGUCAGCCAGCCCAACCUGAAGAGCACAAUCAAGUGUGUCACCCUAGCAAUAUACUACCACAUAAAAAACAGGGACUUGACCAGGUCGCUGGACAUUUUCGACGAGAAGAUCCACCCCUUAACGAGAGAUCACGUCCCCGAUGACUACUCCCGCACCGACCCGGAGCACAAGCUCAUCUACCGCUUCGUCAGAACGCUCUUCAGCGCUGCCCAGCUCACGGCCGAGUGCGCCAUCGUCACGCUGGUGUACCUGGAGAGGCUGCUGACCUACGCGGAGCUGGACAUCUGUCCCUGCAACUGGAAGCGCAUGGUGCUGGGGGCCAUCCUGCUGGCCUCCAAGGUGUGGGACGACCAGGCCGUCUGGAACGUGGACUACUGCCAGAUCCUCAAGGACAUCACGGUGGAGGACAUGAACGAAAUGGAAAGACACUUCCUGGAGCUGCUGCAGUUCAACAUCAACGUCCCGGCCAGCGUCUACGCCAAGUACUACUUCGACCUGCGCUCGCUGGCCGACGACAACAACCUGAACUUCCCCCUGGAGCCUCUGAGCAACCAGCGCGCACAGAAGCUGGAGGCCAUCUCCCGGCUCUGUGAGGACAAGUACAAGGACCUGAGCAAAGCGGCCAUGAGACGCUCCCUCAGCGUGGACAACCUGCUCAACUCCCGCCAGUCGCACGCUGUGCUGUCAUAGGUCCACGCUGACCUCUGACCCCUGAGCCCGCCCCUCGGCCUGAGCCAAAGACACUGGUACCCCUCCAACCCCCCCCCCUCCAAAGGUGUGGAACUGAAGAACAGAGCAAGCAAGAGACUGUUUUUUGUUUUUUUUUGAGGUUCCCCCCCAUUUUUUAUUUUUUUUGCUUACUAUGUAGGCUACUAGCUGUGAAAUUUGUCAGUUUUUAAUUAACUGAAAUUAUUUGCAGAUGGAGUAUUUUAAAUAAACACUAAUCAUGACAGA